AUGGAUCUUGUCGAGGAUGAUGAUCCUAGGCGCAGGAUCAAACUUGUCAUCUUGCACGCUAUCGAACCCAUGUACGCAUGUUCGGAGCACCCCAGCAAGACAGAUUACAGCGCGCUGCAGAAUAGGUAUUGCGACAAUUACUGGUACUACAAGUAUAUGCACUUGCACCCCGGCAGAGGUUAUCAGCAGCUUCUUCGGUGCCUUAUGAGAUGCAGUGAGACGGGCAUCUCCGUUGUCGCUAUCCAGCAGCAGCCCAUCUGCGGUAACAGUGCAUAUCUGGAUCCCGCACGACAUAAUCUACCUCCUACUGCUGCUUGGGCCAUCUGUAUCCAUCUCAUUACCAUGCUCUCCAUCGCCUGA